CCAGCCACAGAUCGCGUGCAAAUCGUCUUGAAGGACCAGGGUGGCACCCAGGUUGCCUUCGGCGUCAAGUCAAACACUCGCAUGGAGAAGGUCAUGAACGCCUAUGCCGAUAGGGCUUCCCGUCCCGUUGGCGCUCUGCGCUUUCACUUCGACGGCGAACGCGUGCUCCCUGACGACACUACUGCUUCACUCGGCAUGGAGCAGGACGACAUUAUCGAAGUCAUGACUGAGCAGAUCGGUGGC